AUGGCUGCCCUCACUCCGCGCCACCGGUGGAUGGUGGCUCAGGUGGUAUCUUCGUUCAAACUGGCAGAGUAUGAGCCCCUUGUCGAGGCACUAUUUCGGGACCAGUUUGCAAUUAAGAUUGAUCCUUUCCUCAAAGGCACAUCAUCCACGCAAUAUCUAUUAUUCUCUUAUCAAGCCGGCACUCAUCCGGCUUCUCCACGAGCGGAUAUUCCAGGCAAACUCAUAUGCUCAGGAAGAGGCAACAGUGCGCAAGGCUGCAAAUUUACAACUGUGAUCACAAAGACCAAUUGUAGCAAGUGCUGGCUGCCAGUUCCACCACAAACGGUAGUCACUAGCUGCAUCUGCGCUGCAGAGGGCGUCUCGGAAGAGGCAGGCUCUAAAUAUGUUUACUUUCUUCGAACAAUUCCGUUCGGGAAGUCUUUGAACUUGAGCACACCUGCCGAUGCAGAGCUGGCCUUUGGAGAGCUUCCUGAGUUGCCUCUUCAAGCUUUGCACACCACAUUGUCAGGGAUAUUUCUUCCUACUGUAGAACACUUCGAUAAAGCGGACUGGAAAAAAUGCACAGACGAGCAGCGUAAUGAGUUUCUCGCCUGCACGCGAACACUUUGCAAAGAGCUGGGAGAGGCGAUUGAUGCUCUAGCUCAUGGAAUUCAACUGAAACAAGCAGAUCCGAGGUUCUCUCUGGCAGACAUAAGAAUGGACUACAUUGCAGCUGCCAAGAACCCUGACAUUGUGGCUCAUUUUGAAGAGCUCCUAGAUGACUGGUGCAAGGAGAUCGAACGGUAUUUAGAAGCAUCACUUGACAAAGGUGCAGCUAUAGCCGACAAUGGUCCCCGCAGCGAAUUAGCCUCAGGUGUGUCGCCAAAGUCUCGACAAUCCGUUUUCCACACGAUGAGACGAUGCAAGCAGUUGGACGUGGCCAUCACAGAGGCCUUUAGCGAAGCCAAGGACAACGUGAAGUAUUUGGCGACACUGGAAAGGUUUAUAGACCCCCUUUACUCAGGAAACCCGGCAAGCAUCCUUGAAAGCCUCAGCGCGCUGAUGAGUGCAAUAACAAUGAUACAUUCCAUCUCGCGGUACUACAAUACGACUGAACGAAUGGUUUCAUUCUUCACGAAGAUAACCAAGCAGGCAUGUUGCUACUCCUCAAUCCUUAGAGUGCCUGAAAAUUCGUAA